AUGGGCAUCCAGCUCAUCUCAAAAAUCAGGGAAGAGUACCCAGAUAGGAUGAUGCUCACAUUUUCAGUUUUUCCAUCACCUAAGGUGUCUGAUACUGUGGUCGAACCUUACAAUGCUACACUCUCAGUUCAUCAACUUGUUGAGAAUGCUGAUGAGUGUAUGGCCCUUGACAAUGAAGCUCUUUACGACAUCUGCUUCCGCACUCUGAAGCUUGCUACACCCACUUUUGGUGACCUGAACCAUCUCAUCUCUGCAACCAUGAGUGGUGUUACCUGCUGCUUGCAGUUCCCAGGCCAGCUGAACUCUGACCUCCGGAAGCUUGCAGUCAACUUGAUACCCUUCCCUCGCCUCCAUUUCUUCAUGGUUGGCUUUGCACCACUGACAUCAAGGGGAUCCCAGCAGUACCGUGCCCUCACCGUCCCCGAGCUGACCCAGUAG